UUUGCAGGUCGCACAARUAAAGUGCUGCUACUAGAUUCAAACGGGUAUUCAACAGAUUUUAGUCCGUUGCGAUUUGAUGUGAGGAACAUUUGUAUUUAGUUCGUACGCUCUCUCGUGCACUGCGUUAACAUUUGUUGUUACUAAACGUCCACAUCAUGCUUGAUAAAAACUGAAAAAAGUUGCUUUUUUUUCUUGCUUUGUGUUCGAUGAAGUGACCUCCCGCACAUGUGUGACACCACGCCGCUGCAGUUGUGUCCGUCUCGCGCGCUAAAAUCUAUGCACGCUUUCACUUUCGGCAGCGCGCUGUCGCAACUGUGAGAAAUUACCAUAAAAAGAAAAGCGAAAAGAGCUAGUGAACAACUUUGGCUUUUUUAUUUUUGAAAAUACUAAAUCUACAUAUAGAGAAGUGUAUGAAAAACAACAAAAAAUCAAUUGAAUAUAAAUCCAAAACGAAGUGUACAUACAUUCAAAYGCAUCUAUUUUCGUGUGUUGUUGCAAGUUGUAGUGAUUUUGCAGCGAUCUCGWGCUAAAUAAAAAGUGAUUCAUUCCGGCAACUUGCGGUUCCACCUUACUCACUUAACAAUAAUCGCUUUGUGUCUACGAAAGGUGCUUCGAAAAAAAUCGUGAUUUAGUGUGUGCGCUCUUUAAAUUACUCGCAACGCAUUCACUUUCAACUCAUCGGUGACUGUUUGUAUACUCUCCACUCACCACUCAACACCUCUGGCUUUUCAUUCUCCUGCUGUGACCUGUGGAAUUUCAAUUGUGUGCAAAAUGGCUGCUGUCGUCACGUCCAUUUUGCUUUCACUCGAAGCGUGUCAAAAAAAUCGCUUGAAUGCGCAUUUGUUUUGACCGGCUGUGCUUCGCUACCAAGAGGCCAGCCAAUACAGAGCAAAGCAGUGAUAGUGAUUCGCCGCACUCACUACCGCCACCCGAUCGGUUACAGAAUAAUAAUGAACACUUCAAGAGGAAUGUCAUAACGACCAAACCGCCAACUAGCAGUAAUCGCAAACCCGCCCCGCCACAAUCAACUAAUUUGUGGKUAGUUAGCCAUAGYAAUAGCWCAAAUAACGGUAAUAGUGGUCAGAAGUAUACCCAUGCACCAUUUGGUCCCGGCAYCAUACUCAACACACUAGAUCCACCGGCAGCAAUACGCAACGGCGCACAAACCACAGUUSCGUCAACAACACCACCCAACACCACUAACGGUUUGAACGCACUGAACACAACCUCAACCACCACAACAACACCAGCAGCAGCGGAGAGUAUAGCARCCGCAGAUUCUUUGGCGGCGACAACCAAAGCCACGGACGAACGGCAAUCGUUCCGCCAAAAGUCAACAAACGUUGUUGGAAGAAAAUCAACAGCAACAAAUUGUAGUGAGAACGAGGAAUAUUAUCGAUUUAAUAAUAGCACAGACAGCGGCAUUGGCAGCAGUUUAAGAGGCAGCGGACGUCGAAAUUGUCUAGCGAAAACAAACGCGUACAACGCGGUCAGUGCCAACGAGGUGCGAGAAAGUAGCGUCUCCGCUGCGCAUCCCGACCCGAACGCCUCCGCAGGCAACGACAACAACAGCACCGUUAUCGAAACGAACGCGUGUAUAACAGUUCUGCGUACKAACGCCGCCAACGUCACGGCCAACGGCGUUAUCGCUUCUGAAGAGACCGAMAACGCGAACRCAACUGUARCUGGGCAAGGGGCAGGAGAGGCUGYCGUUGACGCUGAGSAAAUAAGCGAAAACGCCGCCAACAUGCAGCAGGAGCCGAACGCCAAUUUUCAGUUCCAACCCGAUCUGGGACUGGUGAACAACAAUAGUUUGCCCGCGCUCACCGGACUUGGCAGCAAUACKGCUGCUAUACGUACGCUUACGUUACCCUUACAGCAAGACGUGAUCACGCAAACUUUCAUUUACGGCGCCGUACCGCCAUCCGCCGCGCAACACACCAAUUCAUUGCAACAACAAGAGCUACAAUUGCAACAUCGCUACCAUCAACUGCAACAGUUGCAGGCGCAAACACAAGGAUUAUUCCUGAAUACGAACGCACCCGGCACCGUUGCUGCUGCUGCUGCGGCCGCAGCUGUUGCACAAGGCGGCGGCACAUCCUUUGUGGUCGGUUCACCGUCACAACUCUUCGCGACUGCCGCCCAAGCGGCCGAAUUUUGUGCGGCACAACAGCAACAGCAAAAGUUGCUGACCGAACAAAUGCAAGGACUGUGUAUAACGGGCGGCAAUGCCGCACCUACCAAUGCAGCGCCAACGGCUGCGCCCACCAUAAACUCACUACUCGAUUCCUCGCAGACGAUGAAUAUUCUCAAUAACAGUUAUGUGCCCACAUCGGCGCAGGAGGAACGCUUCAUGCAGGUAAUCCAGGCGAAAGAGUUGAAAAUUCAGGAAAUGCAACGUGCACUGGUGCAAAAGGAUACCGAGAUCGCCGAACUGAAAUCACAUCUGGAUAAGUUUCAAAGUGUGUUUCCAUUCAGUCGUCACGCCAGUACGGCCACUACGCCGGGCGCUGGUGUGCAGCAGCGUAAAAGUGGUCAGGCUUAUCAGCGACAGCGCGCGCAAGGCAUCUCUGCGGAGCCGCAAAGUGAAUCCUCAGUGUUGCUGGARCCGGGCGCWUUGCCGAAAUACGAUAAGGAUGAGAGAUCACGUGAACUCAUCAAAUCAGCCAUAUUGGACAAUGAUUUCAUGAAGAAUUUAGAUAUAACCCAAAUACGCGAAAUUGUCGACUGCAUGUAUCCCGUCAAGUAUGCGGCAAAGAGUCUCAUCAUCAAGGAAGGCGAUGUCGGCAGCAUUGUUUAUGUCAUGGAAGAGGGUCGUGUUGAGGUCUCACGUGAGGGUAAAUACCUUUCGACACUCUCCGGCGCCAAAGUGCUGGGUGAAUUGGCCAUAUUAUAUAACUGCCAGCGUACAGCGACCAUAACCGCUAUAACGGAAUGUAAAUUAUGGGCCAUCGAACGACAAUGCUUCCAAACGAUAAUGAUGCGUACUGGCCUCAUACGGCAGGCGCAAUAUACCGAUUUUCUCAAGAGUGUUCCCAUUUUCAAAAAUCUGCCCGAAGAUACACUCAUCAAAAUCUCAGAUGUGCUCGAAGAGACCCACUACCAGAUGGGUGAUUACAUUGUGCGUCAAGGCGCACGUGGUGAUACCUUCUUCAUCAUAUCGAAGGGGCAAGUGCGCGUGACAAUCAAACAGACAGACACGCAGGAGGAGAAAUUCAUACGCACACUCGUCAAAGGUGAUUUCUUCGGCGAAAAAGCKUUGCAAGGCGAUGACCUGCGCACAGCGAAUAUUAUAUGUGAUUCCGCCGAUGGCGUUACUUGCCUGGUGAUCGAUCGCGAGACGUUCAACCAACUCAUAUCGAAUUUAGAUGAAAUAAAGCAUCGCUACGAUGACGAAUGCAUAGGAGAGCGUAAAAAAAUCAAUGAGGAAUUCGACAACGUGCAACUGACCGACUUGCGCAUAAUCGCCACACUCGGUGUUGGCGGUUUCGGUCGUGUUGAGCUAGUGCAAAUUAACGGUGAUAAUAGUCGUUCGUUUGCGCUGAAACAGAUGAAGAAGUCACAAAUUGUCGAAACGCGCCAACAACAGCAUAUUAUGUCCGAAAAGGAGAUUAUGGGCGAGGCCAAUUGUCAAUUUAUUGUGAAGCUCUUUAAAACAUUUAAGGAUCGCAAAUAUUUGUACAUGCUAAUGGAAAGCUGUUUGGGCGGCGAAUUGUGGACAAUCUUGCGCGAUCGUUGCAAAUUCGAUGAUGCCACUACACGCUUUUAUACCGCCUGUGUGGUGGAGGCGUUCCAAUACCUGCACUCACGCAAUAUAAUAUACCGUGAUUUGAAGCCAGAAAAUCUGYUGCUCGACGAGAAGGGCUAUGUGAAGCUGGUGGAUUUCGGUUUCGCCAAGAAACUACAAUCCGGCCGCAAGACGUGGACCUUCUGCGGCACACCGGAGUACGUAGCGCCUGAGGUGAUAUUGAAUCGAGGACACGACAUUAGCGCCGACUACUGGUCACUUGGUGUGCUGAUGUUCGAGCUGUUGACGGGCACGCCACCAUUCACAGGCUCGGAUCCCAUGCGUACCUACAAUAUUAUACUGAAGGGUAUUGAUGCCAUCGAAUUUCCGCGCGAUAUUACRCGCAACGCCAGCAAUCUGAUCAAAAAACUGUGUCGCGAUAAUCCCGCUGAACGUUUAGGCUAUCAACGCGGUGGCAUUAGUGAAAUACAAAAGCAUCGAUGGUUCGAUGGCUUCUACUGGUUGGGUUUGCAAAAUCGUACACUCGAGCCGCCAAUMAAGCCGACCGUUAAGAGCGUCAUAGACACCACCAAUUUCGAUGCCUAUCCGCCAGAUCCAGACGGUCCACCGCCAGAUGACUUAACCGGUUGGGAUAAGGACUUCUAAGUGGAGGUCUGCAAGUGGGAGUAUAAAAAAAUGUAAUAAUAAUUAAUACUGAACUAAGCUUAAAACACUAAGGUCAAAAUGAAACACUGUAAAAAUGCACACACACACGUACAUAAUUCUUUUGGCUGUUAUAUUAAAAAGAGAAGGGGGAAAGAUUUGUAAAAAAAUAUUUUGCUAUUUUCUAUGAUUAUAUAACUGCAUAAUUUUGCAUAUACACAUACAUA